AUGUCGGAAAACUCGAACAUUGCCGCCCGUAUGGACAUCGACGAGGCCGCUAUCGAUGAGGGCCUCUAUUCGCGUCAAUUGUAUGUCUUGGGACAUGAAGCCAUGAAGCGAAUGGCGGCCUCCAAUGUUCUGAUCGUCGGCCUGCAAGGAUUGGGCGUCGAGAUCGCAAAGAACAUCGUUCUCGCCGGUGUCAAGUCCGUGACCCUCUACGAUCCUGAGCCCGUUACCAUCUCCGAUCUCAGCUCCCAAUUCUUCCUCCGUGAAGAGGAUGUUGGAAAAUCAAGAGCUGCAGCCACUCUGCCCCGAUUGGCUGAGCUGAAUGCCUAUGUCCCUGUUCGUGACCUAGGCGGCCAACCCGGUCAAGAGAUUACCGUCGACCUCGUGAAAGGAUUCCAGGUUGUCGUCCUCUGUGGAGUCCCACUCAAGAAGCAACUCGAGAUCAACGAUUGGACCCACGCGAACGGGAUUCCCUUCAUCGCUGCAGAGACCCGAGGCCUUUUUGGAUCUGCAUUCAACGACUUUGGUUCCAAGUUCACCUGCGUUGACCCUACUGGCGAACAGCCGUUGUCCGGUAUGAUUGUCUCCAUCGACAAAGAGCAAGAUGGACUUGUUACCUGCUUGGAUGAGACCAGACAUGGAUUGGAAGAUGGCGACUUCGUUACUUUCACGGAAGUCCAGGGUAUGACCGAGCUGAACGGUUGCGAGCCACGCAAGGUUACCGUCAAGGGGCCUUAUACCUUCACCAUCGGCGACGUCUCCAACUUCGGCGAUUACAAGACCGGAGGCAUAUUCACCCAGGUCAAAAUGCCCAAGAUUAUUGAAUUCAAAUCCCUCCGAGCUUCAUUGCAAGAUCCCGAAUUCUUCAUUACCGAUUUUGCCAAAUUUGACCGACCCGCCACCGCACACGCAGCUUUCCAGGCCUUGUCAGAAUUCCGUUCUGAAAAAGGUCGCUUGCCGCGACCUCGAAACGAGGAAGACGCAGCGACUCUUUUUGAGCUGGCCAAGAAGAUUAAUGCGGACGCCGAGGAGAAGAUCGUCAAGGAGCUCGCCUACCAGGCAUCUGGAGACCUUUCGCCCAUCAACGCCGUUGUGGGUGGUUUCGUUGCUCAGGAGGUUUUGAAGGCCUGUUCGGCCAAGUUCCAUCCUAUGGUUCAACACUUUUACUUUGAUUCCCUCGAGUCUCUUCCAGACACCCUCCCUUCCGAAGCAGAUUGCCAACCAACAGGGUCUCGUUACGAUGGUCAGAUUGCCGUGUUCGGUAAAGCCUUCCAGGAGAAGAUCGCCAACCAUCGCCAAUUCCUUGUUGGAUCUGGUGCUAUCGGCUGCGAGAUGCUCAAGAAUUGGAGUAUGAUUGGUUUGGCGACUGGACCGAAGGGCGUCAUCCAUGUUACUGACUUGGACACCAUCGAAAAGAGUAACCUCAACAGGCAAUUCUUGUUCCGUCCCAAAGAUUUGGGCAAAUUCAAGGCUGAGGUCGCUGCGACUGCAGUGGCCGAUAUGAACCCUGAUCUCAAGGACAAGAUCUUGGCCAAGCAGGAACCGGUGGGUCCUGCCACUGAGAACAUCUACGACGAGGCAUUCUUCGACAGUAUCGACGGUGUGACCAAUGCCCUGGAUAACAUCAAAGCUCGCCUGUACAUGGAUCAGCGUUGUGUGUUCUAUCAGAAGCCCCUGCUAGAGUCGGGCACCCUUGGAACCAAGGGAAACACUCAAGUCAUCAUUCCACACCUCACUGAGUCGUAUGGCUCGUCUCAGGAUCCUCCUGAGAAGGAAACCCCAUCCUGCACAAUCAAGAACUUCCCGAACGCCAUUAACCACACCAUCGAGUGGUCUCGCACGCAAUUCGACAACCUCUUUGUCAAACCUGCCCAAUCUGUUAAUGCCUAUCUCUCCGAGCCCAACUACCUUGAGACUACCUUGAAGUACUCUGGACAGCAGAAGGACCAGAUCGAGCAAAUAGUCUCCUAUUUGGUGACCAACAAGCCACUCACCUUCGAAGAGUGCAUCAUCUGGGCUCGUCUCCAAUUCGAGAAGGACUACAACAAUGAGAUUCGACAGCUCCUGUUCAGUCUUCCCAAAGACGCCGUGACGAGCACUGGACAGCCCUUCUGGAGCGGACCCAAGCGGGCACCUGACCCACUCACCUUCAACUCUAACGAUCCCACCCAUCUUGCAUACAUCAUCGCCGCUGCCAACCUCCAUGCUUUCAACUAUGGUCUCCGUGGCGAGACUGAUCCUGCAUUCUUCCGCAAGGUGGUUGACACGGUCAUUGUCCCGGAGUUCACGCCCAAGAGCGGAGUCAAGGUCCAGAUCAACGAUAACGAUCCAGCUCCUGAGCAGUCAGGCGGAGAUGUGGAUCUCGACGAGCUCGCAGCCAAGUUACCCGCUCCAUCAUCUUUGGCCGGCUAUCGUCUCACUCCUGUCGAGUUCGAGAAGGAUGACGAUACGAACCAUCACAUCGACUUCAUUACUGCCGCUUCUAAUCUGCGAGCCAUGAACUAUGGCAUCAACCCCGCAGACAAACAUACCACGAAGCAGAUUGCCGGAAAGAUCAUCCCUGCAAUCGCCACCACUACCUCGCUGGUGACAGGUCUGGUCUGCCUCGAAUUGUACAAGAUCAUCGACGGCAAGAAGAACAUCGAGUCGUACAAGAAUGGAUUCGUUAACCUCGCACUGCCAUUCUUCGGUUUCUCAGAGCCGAUCGCUGCGCAGAAGCAGAAGUACGGCGAGACGGAGUGGACGCUCUGGGAUCGUUUCGAGUUCAAGAACAACCCUUCCUUGAAGGAAAUCAUCGACUUCUUCCAGGAGAAGCACAAGCUAGAGGUGACCAUGGUCAGCCAGGGCGUGAGCAUGCUCUGGAGUUCGUUUGUCGGAAAGAAGAAGAGCGAGGAACGCCUUCCCAUGCCAUUCUCGCAGCUGGUGGAACAUGUCAGCAGGAAGCCGAUUCCGCCACACACGAAGCAUCUCAUUGUGGAAGUCAUGGUUUCGGACGAAGAGGGCGAAGAUGUCGAGGUCCCCUUCAUCGUCGUACGCAUUUAA